AUGGUUAAAUCGAAUCAAUCUUUCAAAAAUUCACAAGCAAGCAGAAAACUUAAAAAAUUAAAGCAAAAAUUGAAGCAAAGAAAAGAGAAAAAAGAGAGAAAACUUCGUCCUCGAAUAUCUAGCGCAAGACAUAGUCGACAAUAUACAGAUAUUAUCCUAAGUGAUCUAGGAGAAGGGAAGACCCUUUUAAUUCACGAUGAGGGUGAAUCAUGGAGAAAGCGAUGGGCAGCUCUAGGCCUUUUUUGUGCAUUAAGCUGCACCCAAUGUUGUGUUUGGAAUACUUGGGGACCAAUAGCAAAAUCGGUGAUGGAAGCUUUUCCAACUUGGAACAAGACCUCAGUAGCAUUGUUAUGCAACUGGGGUUGUAUCACAUAUUUAACUUGUUGUCUACCUUGUUGUUGGUUUCUCAAUGAAACAGAUCUAGCGAUUCCUUUAAAACUAGCAGCAAUUUUAUCAACGAUAGCUACAUUUAUUAGAUGUAUUUCUGCACGAGAUGUAAUCUUCACGACAAUGGCCCACCUUGCUGCUAUUUUUAAUGGCCUUGCUGGUGUCAUUAUUGGACCGGCAACUGCACUCGUUUCUGCAGUUUGGUUUUCUGCUGGUGAACGUACCACUGCUACAGGGAUUUCUUCAGCUUUUAGUCAGCUUGGAAUGGCAAUAUCAUAUGUGCUAGGACCAGCUUUAGUAGGAGAUCCUCCUCAUCAUCAUAAAAGAAAUAAAUAUAAUUUUCAUUUGGUAGAAGUAGUUGAUGAACCAGCAUUAUUGUCUUCAGAGAAAGCUCUGAGUUUUCAGAAUAUCACCAUCUAUCAAACUUUAUUACGAAUUCAAAUUAUGUCUUUGAUGAGAAUUGAAUUUGUUAUUCAAGCUAUGGUUCUGAUAGGAGUUCUAUUUUGUUUCCCUAAACAGUCUCAGAUAUCUAGCUCAAACAUUCAAGUCUCAACGCUCGGACUUUGGGAAUCGCUAACGAAACUGAUCAAACAUAAAUCUAUGUGGUGCUUAUGUCUUUCUGCAGCUUUGACUCAAGGAAUGACUGGUCCUUGGCUUGGAAUGAUUACAAUGGCUUUUGGAAAUGCUAUAACUCAGGAUGAAGCAGAUAAAUUAGCUUUUUGGACUGUCAUUGUCAGUAGCAUUCUGAGCUUACUAGCUUCUCGAGUUACUGAUAUGUUUCAGGGUCAUUUAAAAAUUGCCAUUGGUUCCUUAUUGAUUACUUCUGCAAUGAUGUUUCUCUGGAUAAUUCUCCUCGAUUCAAAGGUUUUAGUAUUUCAUAAAGAUGAACUGUACGCAGCUGUUAUCCUUGGUAUUGCUACCAAUUGGUCUACUCCUGCCUUAUUCCUUGAACUUGCUUCAGAAAUUGCAUUUCCUAUAUCAGAAGCAAUUGUCGGUGGAUACAUGAUCUUUUUGUCAAAUAUUGUUGGAACUAUUUUUUAUUUAUCGUACUGCAUACCUGGAAUGGAAGGACGUUGGUCUACGUGUCUAGUCUUCAGUAACAUUGUAGUAGGAGCAAUUUUUAUAUUCUACGUAGAAGAGCAAUACAAUCGUACGCAAGAAGAAAAUAAAAUGAUACCUUUAAUAAAUGAAAGACAGCCCAAUAGUAUAAAUGAAUAA